AUGUCAGCCGUACCAGAGGAACCCUCUGUCCUGCACUUUGCCGACAAGAAACAGGGACAUGACAGUAAACGCGACCAAAAUGAAACGUUGUUUAGUACACGCGAGGCUGUGUUGAAGGAGGCUGGCGAGGAUAAUAACAAGCUGGAGCACUCUGUAAAUGUGCAGCUUGCCAAUCCCCUCCUUGGUCUCUCCUUUGAGAACAUCCAAUCCGACGUGGACAAGUUCGUGACGGAGAAGGGCCUGGAAGAGUAUCGCGAUCUCUUUUUGAAAGGCGCCCUUUGCAUUCAGGCGCAGAGUACCGGUGAUUUUGAAUCAAUUUCGCUGCUUACCGAUGAGGAUCGCGCAGAUCUUCUAUAUGAAAAAGAGCACCGGUGGUCUCAGCCUUUUUUGCUGUAUUGGCUCGCAUGCUGCUGCAGUGUCGCUGCUGCAGUGCAAGGUGCCGACGAGUCGGUGAUCAAUGGUGCGCUGUUGUUUUUCCCUCAACAAUUUGGUAUUGGUGGAACGACUGAUAGGGACAAUUGGCUGCAAGGUUUGGUCGCUGCUGCGCCAUACAUUGCCUGCGCAUUCUGUGGUGUAUGGUUGACCAAGCCGCUGAACGUUGUAUUCGGUCGUCGCGGUACUAUUUUUAUUACCUCGUUCGUCAGUUUUGCUACUUGUAUCUGGCAGGGUGUGACUAAUUCUUGGGAGCACUUGUUUGUCUCGCGUCUUAUUCUCGGUCUGGGUAUUGGUCCCAAGUCGGCUACUGUCCCUGUCUACGCUGCCGAAUGUACUCCCGCACCUAUUCGUGGUGCGCUUACGAUGCAAUGGCAGACAUGGACUGCGUUUGGUAUCAUGCUUGGUUACGCCGCCGAUCUUGCGUUGUUCAAGGUCAAAGAUCCUAACAACGGCAACGGCAACAUUCAUGGACUCAACUGGCGUCUCAUGCUAGGGAGUGCCGGUAUCCCGGCACUGUUUGUCAUGGCCCAAGUAUACCUUUGUCCUGAGUCACCGCGUUGGCUGAUGGGAAAGAACAAGUACCGUAAGGCUAUGAACUCGUUCUUGCGCUUGCGCACCAAACCGCUUUUUGCCGCGCGCGAUCUUUACCUAGCACAUUGCAUGCUGGUAGAAGAGAAUAAUAUGCGGAAGACCAAGAAUAACAUUUUCCCUUUUAUGGAGCUCUUCACUGUUCCCCGCAACCUGCGUGCUACGAUCGGCGCCACGAUUGUCAUGUUUGGUCAGCAAUUCUGUGGUGUGAAUGUGAUUGCUUACUACUCGAGUUCUAUUAUCACCGACGCCAGGAGAAUGGUUGUAGGCGAUAACAUUACGAGUAAGGACAACAUGAAUGCAUUGCUUGGCAGCUGGGGCUUUGGUAUGAUUAAUUUCCUCUUUGCCAUUCCCGCUUGGUACACGAUCGAUACAUUUGGUCGCCGCAGCUUGCUGCUCCUAACACUGCCGUUCAUGGCAAUUUUCCUCUUAAUUACUGGUUUCUCUUUCUGGAUCGACUACUACAGUGGCAGACUCGGUGUGGUUUUGUUCGGCAUUUACUUCUACGCAAUGUUUUACUCGCCUGGGUUCGGACCAGUUCCCUUCACCUAUUGUGCAGAGGCUUUCCCUUUGUACAUUCGCGAGGUUGGUAUGACGUAUGCAACUGCAGUGCUUUGGUUCUUCAACUCUCUUCUCGCAGUGACCUGGUUCGCUAUGCGAGGUGCUAUGACAAGCCAAGGCGCCUUCGGAUUUUACGCCGGUUGGUGUGUCAUUUUGUGGAUCCUCACGUUCUUGUUCCUUCCAGAAACCAAGGCGCUCACUUUGGAAGAACUGGACCUUGUGUUUAGCAUACCCACUACUAAAUUUGCCGGUUACCAGCUUCGCCAGCUCCCCUACUACUUCAAGCGGUACGUCCUUUUCAACAAAUCCAUCAAGAAAGAACAACUCUACACUAUUGACAGCACCUUUAAAUCAUCGAAAUAA